UUUUUUUUUUAUAUAUACAUUCUUCACCAUGAAUGACCCUUCUUCAAUAAACGAUGAACAGGUCGUUUAUAUUAAUUCAACUGUAUUCAACAAUUUUUAUGAAUUCAUCUUUUCCAUUCCUGGAUCUCACAUGGUGUUGAAUUAUAUCAAGACAUCCUACCAUCACGAUCCUUUCCGAAUUGUUCUUGAACUGUUUUUGGUCUUUUUUGCUUUGAAAUAUAUGUUUUCCAAGAAAUAUAAACCUCAUGAUAAUGCUGUCAAACUUACAAGAAAGGAAGUUGAUGAUCUGAUAGAAGAAUGGCAACCUGAACCAUUGGUUCCCAAAUUGAAUUCUUUUGACCGUUUGAACUUGGAAAAGACACCUCAGAUUAUUGGGGCUCAAAGUGCCAAACCAAAAGUGGCGGGACAUUCAAAACCUAUGAUGAAUUUGGCAACAAGUAAUCAUUUGAAUUUGGUAGCAUCUGAAACUAUUCGACAAAAAUCAAUUGAAACAUUGAAGAAUUAUGGUGUUGGUUCUUGUGGUCCUCCUGGAUUUUAUGGUACUCUUGAUGUUCAUAUGGAUUUGGAACGCAACAUUGCUUCUUUUUUGGGAACAGAGGAAGCCAUCAUUUAUGCUCAAGGUUUUUCCACCAUCUCUUCUGUAAUUCCUGCUUUUUCCAAAAGAGGUGAUUUAUUAGUUGUUGAUGAAGGUAUAAGUUUUGCUACUCAAAAAGGUGUUCAAAUUUCUCGAUCUAAUGUUCGGUGGUUCAAGCACAAUGAUAUGGAAGAUUUGGAACGUGUUUUGGAAGAUAUAAGAUCGGAUGAUCUGAUUCAUAAUAAACGAUUAACUCGUCGAUUUAUUGUGACAGAAGGGUUAUCAGCUAAUGAUGGUGACAUUGCUCCUUUGGAUCGGUUAAUUGAACUUAAAAAGAAAUUCAAAUAUCGUUUGAUUUUGGAUGAAUCUCAAUCUAUUGGUGUCAUUGGUAAACGUGGUGCUGGUUUGACUGAUUUAUUCAAUAUUCCUGCAAUUGAUGUGGAUAUGAUUAUUGGAUCUAUGGCCUCUGUCCUUGCUUCAUCUGGUGGUUUCUGUGCUGGUAGUCAUGAAAUAGUAGAUCAUCAACGACUUUCUGGUAGUGCUUAUUGUUUUUCUGCUUCCAUUCCUGCCAUGCUUGCCGUCAGUGCCUCUGAAGCACUUUCCAUUAUUGGACAGCAACCCGCACUUUUGAUGGAAUUAAAUGAACGCAGUCGUACCUUCCGUCAAACACUUUUGCACAAAACCUUGGAACCUUUUAUUGAUCUUCAUGUUGGUGAUCUUGAUGCACCUGCACCAUUCUUCCAUAUUCGUAUCAAGCCUUCCUUCCUACGAUCUCGAUUACAAAGUCAUGAAAAAGAAAUAUCUCGUGAAGAUGAAGAACGGUUAUUACAAGAUGUUGUGGAUGAAUGUGGAUCACAAGGUGUAUUAUUGACUCGUGCAAAGUAUGUCUAUGAUCAAGAACGAAAUUGUCCUCGUCCAAGUAUUAAGAUCUGUGUGACCACUGGACUCAGCAAAAAGGAAAAUGACAAAGCAAGUGGUAUCGUCAAGUCUGCUAUUAUCAAGGUAUUCACCAAAUGGCGAAAGUAGUAUAGUUUCUUUUUAUUAUUAUUAUUAUUAUUAUUACUAUUGUUAUUAUUAUUAUUAUUAUUACUUUUAUUAUUAUUAUUUUAUAUAUAUACACAUGUACAGCUUUCCUUCAUACACAAC